GGAAACCUUGGUGUUGUUUCAUUGAAAAGGGAAAUGGGAAUGAUUGAAGAUUUUGUCUCCGUAUUAUUUUAACAUGACUAACAGUCCACUGUAGUGAUCGUGCUCUAAAGGGACAAUAUUAGCACGCUUCACCUUUGAGACCAAGCUAACGAGCUAAGUAACUUAGCUUAGCUUCAGGUGAUAUUAGCGGUAUGAACUCUCUGGUCGGAUACGGAGUGUCCUCGGAGUCUGACAGCGAUGGAGAUGUAGAGGAUGGAAACCACGGCGUACCUCGUUCUGGAAAGGAUGGAGACAAUGAAGCGACCGCUGUCAAAAAGACCCGCAACUUUUUACUGGAGUCUGGUUCUGCCUCCAGUGAGUCAGAAACCGGAGAAGAGGACCGGGACCCUUCUCUAUCACCGCCACAUCCAGCACAAGCACCGCCUGCUGUACGCCAGCCCAACCUGCCCGCACCGUCCCUGGGCUCCCUCACCUCUAACAAACUGCCUCCUCCUCCUCUAAACGCCUGCUCUCACAGCAGUGUGUUUGCCAACCCCUUCAAGGCUCAGGCAGACCAGAAGCUCAGCGCCUUGCAGAAACAUGUCCCCUUAACAAUGGAGGCCAAACCCUCACAGAUAGGAGGUAAAAGGAUGUGUGUGUCAUACAGGAAAGACGGAAGGUGCAGGUUCGGGAUCAAAUGCAAGUUUGCUCACGACAGUGAUCUCCAAACCGCAGUUAGUCCCUCUGACUGUCCUCCACCUGCGAGUGAUGAAGCACCGGCAUCAGCUCAGGUUGUGCCCCGUGCAGGUGGCUCACAGGAGACUGAAGAAGAUUCAGAGGGGCAACAAGUGAAGAAGAGGAGGGUUGGACUGAGUAACACCUUGAUUCCUCCUAAACGGGCUAUGAAGCAGUUUGCUAUGCAGAGGGACAGGGAGCGGAUCAAUAUGUCCUGAUGGGUUUUUUUUAUUAGCAAUGACAGUGUGCUGUCACAAAGCAAUAGUAUGCAGUUGAUACCUUUGUGUGUGUGUGUCUAUAAUAAUAGUGUACAAAUAAUAACUCAGGCAUACAGUGUUUAAAAUGUUGAUGAGUAAAAAUAGUGUUAAUGAAUACAAAUAGGCUAAAUGUUAAGACAUUUAUU